CGCCCGGCUCCGGGAGGCGGGGACGCGGCGGCGGCGGCGGCGCGGCGGCUUCUCCAGUCGCGUCUUUCUCACUCACUGGGGAACUCGGCGGUGGCGGCACCUUCCGAGGCUGAGCAGCCGAGCCGCGAGCCCGCCAGUGGGAGGUCGGACAGACUGACGGCAGAGCCGACGGACAUUCGGACAGCAGGGCGGCCAGACGGCUCGAGGGGCCUCGAGUUCCGCCAUGAGCUGGGGCACGGAGCUGUGGGAUCAGUUCGACAGUUUAGACAAGCAUACACAGUGGGGAAUUGACUUCUUGGAAAGAUAUGCCAAAUUUGUUAAGGAGAGAAUAGAAAUUGAACAGAACUAUGCGAAACAAUUGAGAAAUCUGGUUAAGAAGUACUGUCCCAAACGUUCCUCCAAAGAUGAAGAGCCACGGUUUACUUCGUGUAUAGCCUUUUUUAACAUCCUUAAUGAGUUAAAUGACUAUGCAGGACAGCGAGAAGUAGUAGCAGAAGAAAUGGCGCACAGAGUUUAUGGUGAAUUAAUGAGAUAUGCUCAUGAUCUGAAAACUGAAAGAAAAAUGCAUCUUCAGGAGGGGCGGAAAGCUCAGCAGUACCUUGAUAUGUGCUGGAAACAGAUGGAUAACAGUAAAAAGAAAUUUGAAAGAGAAUGCAAGGAGGCAGAAAAGGCACAACAAAGUUAUGAAAGAUUGGACAAUGAUACCAAUGCAACCAAGGCAGAUGUUGAAAAGGCUAAACAGCAGUUGAAUCUGCGUACACAUAUGGCUGAUGAAAAUAAGAAUGAAUAUGCUGCACAGUUACAGAACUUUAAUGGAGAGCAGCACAAACAUUUCUACGUAGUGAUUCCUCAGAUUUACAAGCAACUACAAGAAAUGGAUGAACGAAGGACUAUUAAACUCAGUGAGUGUUACAGAGGAUUUGCAGACUCAGAACGCAAAGUUAUUCCUAUCAUAUCAAAGUGUUUGGAAGGAAUGAUUCUUGCGGCAAAAUCAGUUGAUGAAAGAAGAGACUCUCAGAUGGUAGUGGACUCCUUCAAGUCUGGAUUUGAGCCUCCAGGAGACUUUCCGUUUGAAGAUUACAGUCAGCACAUUUACAGAACCAUUUCUGAUGGGACUAUCAGUGCGUCCAAGCAGGAAAGUGGGAAGGUGGAUGCCAAAACCACAGUAGGAAAGGCCAAGGGCAAGUUGUGGCUCUUUGGAAAGAAGCCAAAGGGCCCAGCACUAGAAGAUUUCAGUCAUCUGCCACCAGAACAGAGACGUAAAAAACUACAGCAGCGCAUUGAUGAACUUAACAGAGAGCUACAAAAAGAAUCAGACCAAAAAGAAGCACUCAACAAAAUGAAAGAUGUGUAUGAGAAAAAUCCGCAAAUGGGGGAUCCAGGGAGUUUGCAGCCUAAAUUAGCAGAGACCAUGAAUAACAUUGACCGCCUGCGAAUGGAAAUCCACAAAAAUGAGGCUUGGCUCUCUGAAGUUGAAGGCAAAACAGGCGGAAGAGGAGACAGAAGGCAUAGCAGUGACAUAAAUCACCUUGUAACGCAGGGACGAGAAAGUCCUGAGGGAAGUUACACUGACGAUGCAAACCAAGAGGUCCGUGGGCCCCCCCAGCAGCACGGCCACCACAGUGAGUUUGAUGACGAAUUUGAAGAUGAUGACCCCUUGCCUGCUAUUGGACACUGCAAAGCUAUCUACCCUUUUGAUGGACAUAAUGAAGGUACUCUGGCAAUGAAAGAAGGCGAAGUUCUGUACAUUAUUGAGGAGGACAAAGGUGAUGGAUGGACAAGAGCCCGGAGACAGAACGGCGAAGAGGGCUACGUGCCCACGUCAUACAUAGACGUAACUCUAGAGAGAAACAGUAAAGGUGCAGUAACUUACAUCUAAACUAACCAGGCAGCCUGUAGCAUGUAUGGCGUAGGAACGAGAACAUAAAGUGAAAACACAUCCAGUGGGUGGGAAAACGUGAGACACCUUAAAGAGCAUCCAAGCUUUGUUGUCGACUCUGAGCUGAGUGUAGGCUCGAUCUUAGAGAUGUGAACAUUACCGCAAGAAGCUGUUCUCGUGAUGCUUUACCGUUUGAGUGAUGUUGCUGUGAAGCUUUUAAUUGAUGCCUUUUGCUUUAUGUCCUGCUUAAGUCUGUGUGAAGGGUUUGUGUUUUUCUGCCUUAUAGGUCAGAUUAUUUGAUCUAUUGGGCAGGAAUCCAUAGACAGAAAGCUCCCCACCCCACACUCUGCUUCAGGAAACACUGUGAUGUAGUGAAUUCAGAUAAAGUAAAACUGCUCUGAAAUGCCUGCACGAAAAAGCAGCUGCGCAGAAGAGUGAUGUGGUCCAAGGAGUUUGAAUUUGCAGCUGUGGGUUCUAGGCAAAAAAAAAAGUAAUAAUGGUUGGCUAAUCAGAUAAAAAUAGAGUCAUUUUCAUCUUAGGAAGAGAACAGGCACCUAGCACAUAAUCUGUUCUAGAAGAAGUGCAGGCUCAUCAAGAGACAUGCAAAAUAAACCAGCCUGGUCUAGCUCUGAAGUGAAGGAAAUGACUCUUUUUUAAAGAUCUGAGAGUAUUUUCAGGUUUUCUAGUAAUUUUCAGUAAUGUACAAGCUUUCUUCCAAGUUAAUGCUUGUGUUUUUCCUUGAGAAAUACCGCUUUAGUGACACUAGCCUCUGGCAAUUAGAUGUAGAAAAGUGGAUUCUAAAUAAAGAUAGAGGGAAUCUUUCAUGGAGGGGAAGUACUGGCACAUUUUACUUUGAAAGGAAAAUGACUUUUUUUGACUCACUGGGUUGGAGGAAUGUAUCUGUACCAUCACUGAGGGAGGGCCUUUGCUAGUUUUAGCUGAAUCACCGGUCAUUAGCAUAGUUUUUGUUCCCAGUUAAUUUUAAUAUGCAUUUGUUGGAAACCCCGAGCCAUCCAGAAUUGUGCAGGCUAGUUGUGCAAAGGGAGGACGCCGUUAGAGACGGGUCCUUAAUUUUGCUCGUGUUCCAACAUUUUCCGGUGCUUUUAAUAGCUGGCUAUGAAAUGAUUUUAGAGACAUGUGCGCUGGACGCCUCUUUUGGCCUUACCAAAGGUCUUCAGUAAUUGUUCUUUUCUUUUUCCUCCUGGACUGCAGGUUCCUGAAGAGGGUUUCUGAGGAAGUGGGCCAGAUGUGGAAGGAGGUUACAUGCAGCUGCUUUGGGGGAGGGAGGAGAGGUGUCAGGCGUGGAGAGAGAGAGAAGCAAGUUGCAUGAGUGCAUGCAGACAUGAUUAUUUUUUACUAACUUCAUUAGCAUUUCCAUACGUUGUUAAAAACAAUCAUUAUAAUGCCAACCCUUAAAUUCGUCAUUUACAGUUGCUCACGUAAAAGGAAAAAAGACACCUUUUUUUCCCCGUUUAUUUUUCUGAUGUCCAAAUCAGAAAGAGUGCAGAGCUGUCAUUCAGUCUGUCUUAACAGCUGGCUGUCCCAACAGGACCGCCUCCGUCCCAGCUCUCUCUCGAUUGGCUUCUCGACCCAUUGUCUGUUAGAGUCCUUGCCAUUUGUCAGCGUCUGCCCGUGCCACCUCUGUGCUUGCUAACACCCCCCUGCAUGUCUAGAGGGAUGGAGUUUAGAUUUUUCAGGCAUGCCUUUAAGAUCCCUUGUUCCUGUCGAAGCUUUUGUUUUGUUUUACACUUGUAGCACUCAUCACUCUGUCAGACACCUCCAGCACGAAUGUUCCCAUCGUAGUGUUUGUGUGCGCUGCUGUAACUUCCCCACUGCAGAACAUUCCAGUUUGGGCAUUGUGAAGACGUAGUUGUGAACCCGAAGUGUUUAUGACCGGAAAAAGAACCAUCUCUGCUCUAGCCUACAGCCCGGUUGAAGGAGCUCUUUGAAACGUGAUACACCUUUGGCACCUCAGUCUGGGAAGACUCUGUAGUUAGCACUGAAAUCCUGGCAUGAUAAACCCAGAGGAUCCGCACCCCUCAAGACCGAGGACUGGCGUCAGAAGUCAGCUGCUUCCAUUCAAACGCUGCCUUAAACUAGAGUGCCUGCAUCUGUUGAUGGCCAACACUACCGCUCAGUAUCCCACAAAGGGCUUCGUGUGUCAGCUCAGUGCGACCUCCUUGAACUCGGCAGAGCUGCCGCGGCUGCCGACCCAACCUCGGUAGGUGGCUCUUAGAGCUCUACCGUGUUUGAUGGUGCAUCUUCAAAUUUCUGCAUCAAACUAAAGAUGUGUCCAAGUCCAUUUUACUCAGUGUUUUCAUGAGUUUUGUGGUCCUCUCCCCCCACUGUUUUUUAAUUUGGGGUUACCCUGUUCUCAUUUAAUUAUUAUAGUGAUAGUCUGCUUCCAAGUGAUGAUUUUGUUUGAACCAGAUAAAAUUUAGUGAAACUUUGUAAUGAUCUAUGUGCACUUUUACUUGUAAAAUGGGAAUUUCUGUAUGUUUAUACUUGUAAAUAUAAUCGUCCUUAGUGCUCCUAUUGCUCCUGUUGUCCCGGCUCGCAUUUGUGCUUCUGUUCAUGACUUGUAUCCUAACUGGUUUCUUAGUGGUGGUUAAUGAGGAGGGGUUGGGGGCGGGGGGAUAUUUGUAACAUGGAAGCUUCAUUAAUUUGGUUCUUUACUGUUCUGAAGGAAGAAAGAGAACGUGAAAUGGUCUGUGUAUUGUUGGAUUUUAAGCAAUAUUUUAGAAGCUGUGUGACUGCUUUAAUAAUGUUCCCCAGUGUUGUUUGAAUCGUACUGCCAGUUAUACUAAAGACGAAUGACGUUGCGUGGAAGGUGACGCCUUCGUAAGAUCAAGUUCGCCCCGUUACACAGCCGACAUAGAGUGUAUGACCCUUAAGGCUAGUAAGCUAGGACGUUUUAGAUUUUAAUUCUCGUUACAGGGUUAUUUAUAUAAUGUGACAUUAUUCAAUACUGACAGACUACGUACGGUAGUUUUAAAAUCCAGUGCUGUUUUUAUUUUAAAGGUUAGCAGUGAAGAGGAAAUGUGACCUGACCGUGCAGGCGUCUGUACAAAGCGUGCAGGGCUUGUGGGUCUGUGGUCUGACAGCCACAGAGGGCAAAGUUUAAGGCUUUCUUGUGAGGACUGACUGUUCUUCUCAAGCUACUGUUUGUUUUCCUUGAAGCAGGAUUUGCUUCCGUAGGAGGCAGUUCCUUCAUGUGGGAUAGUGCAACCUGUUUAUCACGUAGGAAAGACAUUUGUACUUGCACAGUUUAAAUCAUUCUUAAAUUUUGAACAUGUGAAUUGUCCAAAAGAAAUCUUUAGUUUUUCAGUAAUUUUUACUCUUUGUGCCCACAUUGAUUUCCUAAUGUAAAUGCUCUGUUUGAGAUAGUGUUCUCUGUUGAGAAUAUUUUCAUGGAAUAAAACAAUCUUUUCAUGGUCGGUUAA